AUGCCAUUAAGAAAGAGAACGGCGACUACGCUCUGGCGCCAGGAAGCACGGACCUGUACGUCGGCGCGUAUCACAGUGGACGUUGGCAUCGGCCAAGCCGAGGCGCAUGCCAAGUUCAGCCCCGCAGGCUUUGAUGUUGGCGCUGGGGUCAGCCUCGCUGGGGGCUCCGUCUCUGACUUCGACUUCAAUAUCGGCGCCGGCGUCGGCACGGCCGCCGGUAUUAACGACGACUCGGUCGAGGUGAAGGUUUUGGGGACCGGUGUCACGAUUGGCCGCAAGGUGGGAUUUCCUGUUCUCGGCAGCUCGUUUGGAAUUGAUCUUGGGAAGAUCGGCCAAGCCAUCUUCGGCUGA